AUGGCUUCCCCGGCACGAUACUACGCCAACCCGGCCGAGGCCGAGGAAUUCGCGACUGAUCUUCUCAUCAAAGCUGGUCUGGCAGAAGAUGACGCGCGCUCAAUGGCUGAAUGCCUCGUGCUAGCCGAUAUCCGCGGCGUGGAUACACACGGCCUCGCCCGUCUACCACAGUACCUCUCGCGUGUCAGUGCAGGUCUCGUAAACGCGCGCCCGAACUUGCAGCUCACAGAGAAAACCCCCGUUGUCGCACACCUGGACGGGGACAACGGGUUCGGGUUCGUGGUCGCGACACGCGGGAUGGCGGAAGCCAUCAAGCGCGCAGAAAUCUAUGGUAUCGGGAUGGUAACAGUGAACCACUCAAACCAUUUUGGUAUGGCGGCGACAUACGUCCUACAAGCAUUAGAGAAGAACAUGAUCAGUCUUGUCUUCACGAACUCGGCAAAACAGAUGCCGCCGUUUGGGGGGAAGGAGACACUACUUGGCAUCUCGCCAUUUGCUGCGGGGGCACCCGCGGGAGCCCAGAUUCCCUACGUGCUUGACAUGGCGCCGUCAGUUGUGGCAAAGGGGAAGAUCCGGCGGGCUGCGCGGCGCGGGGAGAAUAUCCCGCUGGGCUGGGCACUUGAUGCAGAUGGGAACCCAACAACAGAUGCAGAGGUUGCGCUGAAUGGAAGUAUGGCGCCAAUCGGGGGACCAAAGGGGUCGGGGAUUGCAAUUCUCAUGGAUAUCCUCUCAGGCGUAUUGACAGGGGCUGCAUUUGGUGGCGAGGUGGGCGAUCAGUACAAGGAGGCGAGGCCGCAGAAUGUUGGGCACUGCUUUAUUGCGCUGAAGCCGGAUGUCUUCUUUUCUAUAGACGAGUUCAAGGCGCGCAUGGAUACUCUCGUUCAGCGGGUUCAUGGUGUUGCGCCGGCGCCUGGCUUCGAGGAGGUCUUGUUCCCUGGGGAACCGGAGUAUCGGCUUGGGGAGCUGCGGAGGAAGGAGGGGAUUCCGUUUGCAGAGGCGGAAAAGGCCAUGUUUGCUGAGGCUGCUGAGAAGUACGGCAUUCCGGCGUUGUCUCUUUCUGAGAAUACUCUGUCUUUAGAAGUAUCUUCGUAG